UAUAAAUUAUUUAAAAUGUUGUAUCAGGGAUUCUGGUGUCCUCUGUAGACUACAAAAGAAAAAACCAAGAAAUAUUGAUGAAGAUCUAGAUUUAGAGCCUUCCAGAGAUACACCCUGUAUCUAGAACCUUUUAGAGACACACCCUGUAUCUAGAUCCUUCUGGAGAAUGGAGAUACACCCUGUAUUCAGAACCUUUUAGAGACAUCUUUUAUCUAGAUCCUUCUAGAGACACACCCUGUAUCUAUAACCUACUAGAGACACACCCUGUAUCUAGAACCUUUUCGAGACACACCAUGUAUCUAGAACCUUCUAGAGACACACCCUGUAUCUAGAAUCAUCUUCUAGAGCUACACCCUGUGUCUAGAGAUUUACUUUAUAUCUAGAAUCUUCCAGAUACACAUACUGUAUUUAGAACCUGCUAUUUAAAGUUUGUAGAUAAUUGUAUCUAAUUCUGGCAUGGACUUAAUUCUGACAAUUUUGAACGUUAGUUAAAGUACCUCUGGAAUAUAGAUCUAAGGAUAACAAACUAAGAAAGAUUUUUUUGUCAAGUCAAAUGAUUGAUCCAUAUUUUGAAACCAAAGUUGAAAGUACAAAAUCUAUUAAAGGGACUGUAAGCCUAAUUUUAAGUGACCCAUUCUGCAAAGAUUUCAACGCCCGAUCCAUACAAGUUUUGAACCUAGGAAAACGAAAAUAUCUUCCACAUCCUUGAUCAGAUAAUUAUUGUGAAUCGGACAGUGCCAUUUUUGCAUGAAGGGUCACUUGAAAUUCUGCUUACAACCCUUUUAAUUAAUUCAGAUAAAAGAUGGAUCUGGAGGUUGUUCAUGCUCGGUCUAACAAACACCUAGUUACUGUCACGGACCAGUUGGAGACGAAUACAGUUGGAGAUCUGAAGAGAGCAAUAGCUUGCAAGAAACCCAAGUAUCGUGAUGUGAACAGACAGGAACUGCGGCUGGAACCUAAAGGGAAAGCUCUCAAGGAUGAGGUGGUGUUGAAGACACUAGGGUUGAAUACCGGAGCUAUGCUCUAUUUUAAGGAUCGUGGAAUGCAGAUAGGUUGGACCACUGUCUUCCUGGCAGAAUAUGCUGGACCUUUGUUUGUUUACCUCUGGUUCUACAGGCGGCCCUGGUUAGCUUAUGGAGAUGUUGGUGGGGAACCUGCUGCAGAAGUUGUCCAUAUAGCAGCUGCAUGCUGGGUAUUCCAUUAUGCUAAGAGGAUUCUGGAAACCUUGUUUAUUCACAGGUUCUCAAAUGCAACAAUGCCGAUCACCAACCUUCUCAAGAACUGCAGGAAUAUAUAAUAAAUGAUAAUAGAA